AUGGAAAUAGACAGGGCCUACGACGGUCAACCCAGAGUUACCAUCAGACAAACAGAAAGAGACCAUGUUGAUUUUAUGUUGAAGGAUGUGGAUUUAUCCAUGGCAAACUCUAUAAGAAGGACCAUGUUAGCCGAGGUUCCAACCUUGGCAAUUGAUUUGGUUGAAAUCGAAGUAAAUACUUCAGUUUUAGCAGAUGAAUUUAUUUCUCACCGGUUAGGUAUGAUACCAUUGAAUAGUGAAGGGAUUGAUGAUUUAUCUUAUUCAAGAGAUUGCACUUGUGAUCAAUACUGCCCAAACUGUUCUGUUAAGUUAGAGUUAACUGCCAAAUGUGAUACUGAUUCAACCAUGAAUGUCUAUGCAUCAGAUCUAGCAAAAUUUCAUAAUGGUUCUAAUUUAGGAGAUCCGGUGAUCAGAGAUUUCGAACGUAAAGGUCCCUUAAUUUGUAAAUUAAGAAAACAUCAAGAAUUAAGAAUUACUUGUAUUGCUAAAAAGGGUAUUGCCAAAGAACACGCAAAAUGGUCUCCUUGUGCUGCAGUUGGAUUUGAAUACGAUCCUUGGAAUAAAUUAAAACAUACUGAUUACUGGCACGAAGAAGAUGCCGAGAAAGAAUGGCCCAAGUCCGCUAAUUGUGAAUGGGAAGAAGCUCCAGAUCCUGAAGCCCCCUUUGAUUAUAAAGCAAAACCUUCGAAUUAUUAUAUAGACGUUGAAACCGUUGGUAAUUUACCUCCAAAUGAAGUGGUGCUAAAAAGUAUCGAAACCUUACAAUUUAAAUUGGCUGGUAUUGCCAUGGAAUUGAAAAAGGAUACCGUUGAAGCAAAUAAUACCGCUUCGGGUGCUUUCACCAGUUAUGGUAGAUCCCCUGGUGGCGUUGAUUCUCCUGUUAAUGAUUAUUCUUACGGUGGUGCUGGAUGGUAG